UACCCUCCUGAAUGGCUUGUUUACCACAUCUACGCCUGACUUCUCAGAGGCUCAUUCCGGUCUGAGUGUGGAUGAGGCGAGCUCGGCCAUAAUCCGUCCUCCCAAAGCUACUUCUCUUCCAAACAGCUACUUCUUUCCUCCUCUGACGGGAGGUGGGGCUUUCGCCCUUCAAAACUUCUCCAGCUUCGCUGCGUCGCAGAGCUGAGCUGAUGCAGCCCGAGCAGACGAGCUUUCCGCGCUCCCGCUAACGCAGCUCCUUCACUCGAGCUCCCUCCGCUUAGCCGUGAAUGCGUGUGGAUAUAAACUAAUACGGACCCGGAGGCUUUGAAAACUGAGCUGCUGGAGUGCAAACACGCAAGAGAAAAGCCCGAGAAGAGCAUCACGAUGCGAGCGAUAAACCUGGACACCUACAGCCUGUCCCUGCUGACCGCCAAAGAGGACAUCCUGAACGCCAAGGCAUCGACCAACUGGGCGUUGUUCACAUAUGAUGGAGUCACCAACAACCUGAAGCUCUCUGAUUCUGGAGCCGGAGGGUUGACAGAAUUGACCAAGAAGUUUCACAAUGCCAAACCCAUGUAUGGACUUUGCAGGGUGAGCCCGGCGGAAUCGGGGCAGCCGCGGAUAGUCAUGAUCUGUUGGGUUGGAGAGAAUGUGGAUGAGUUUCGACAGACGGAAUGCGCGAGCCACGUACCUGCAGUCAAAAACUUCUUCAAGGAGGCACAUGUUUUUAUCAGCGCCUCUAGUACAGAUGACGUGACAGAGGAAAAGGUUGAAGAAAUUCUGGCAAAAGUGCGUCCGCCGAUGGAGAGACUGAGAAGAAACUCAAGACCGACAGAGAAAGAAGAGACAGUGGGCACGAACUACAGGAAGACGAACGCUGCCAUGGAGAUGAAACGGAUUAACAGAGACUCCUUCUGGGCACGAGCAGAGCGUGAGGAAGAGGCGAGGAAAGAAGAGGAGAGGAGGAAGGCUGCAGAGGAAAGGAGGCGCCGGGAGAGAGAGAGAGUCCUGCAGGAGAGGAAAGAGGCAGAGGAGAGGGACAGGAAGAUGGAUGAAAAACUGCAGAUGAUUGAAGAGCGAAGGAGAAUGGAGGCCAAGCUUGAAGAAGAAGCGAGGAGGCGGGAAAAGACUCGAUGGGAGCUGCAGCAGAGAGAGCAUGAAGACGAGAUGAGGGCUCGUCUCAGACGCAGCGAGUCCAUAGAGAAAGCUGCUGAAGCAGCAGCACUGGUUUCUCAGCGUUCCAUGAACCCACGGGAGUUUUUCAGACAGCUGUCCUCAUCAUCCCAGAAUUCCUCCAGCCCUGUAUCCCCCCGCUCAGGCAAGCCUCCAUUCCGACGUUACCAGCGCAGUUUGACAGACACGGCCUUCAUCUUCGAGCGGGCCAGUGCUGCCAGUGGCUCCACUUCUCCGCUUAGCCCCACUCUUACCUCCCCUUUCUCUCGCACGCCAACCAGCCCUUUUAAUCGGGCAAUGUCCCCCACCAGUCCCACUUUCCGUCCGGUCACGUCUCCUCCAUGCCCUCGUACCCCUGUAAGAUCUCCUCCUACAUCACCGGCUCAGCGGUCUGCUCCACCUGUGGCCUCUCUGCACAGCCCACCAGUCUCCAGACCACCUCCUCCACAGUCCUCCCCACCAUGUCUGCCUGUUUCUCGUGCUUCCGCUCCCCCUGUAUCUCCAGGCCCGCAGGCCAGCAUGGCUGAGAGUGAAUCGUCCAGCCCAGGUGUUACCAGGCAGGAACCUGCUGCUUUUCCAGAAGCUCCUACUGCACCCCUGCCUGAGAGUCCAGUUCAGUUUAAGGAACCUGUUGCCAACACCCGCAUGUUGAGUGAACUAAAGCCAGAGAUGGACUUCACAGUCAAGGCUGUGCUGGUUGAAGAAGAGGAAGAGGAGGAGGAGGAAUCAGAGGAACCAUGCACCAUUUCCUCCCCACCUUCAGAAACCAAAACAACCAUGAGCUGCCCAGAUGUAGUUGAACUCGAGCAGCCCACUGUGCCAGUCCAGCCUGUGGUCAGCUCUCUUGUGGAGGUAGAGGAGCCUACAGAGGAUGAAGAACCAGAGCAGGAGCAGGAACUGGUUGAAGAGACUGAGGAGUUUACUGCAAGUGUGGACCAAGCAGAGCUUGAAGCCUCGGCCAGUGAAAAACCAGCCCUGGUGGAACUCCCAGAUGAUGAGAUUGAGGCAGACAUUACAGAUGACACAGAGGAGUGCGUGAAGGCAUCUGAGAAUGGAGUGACUGAAGAAGAAAAGCCAGACCAAAAUGGUGUAUGUCUUCAGAAUGGUACAGCCAAGGAAUAUGCUGAUUCCUCUGAGGAAAGCACACCAGAGAAGUGUACUUACAUAGUCAAUCGUGAGGAGACUGAUGAAGAGGAUGUCCAGAUAGAGGCAUCAGAGAACGGAGAGUUAACAGCUGGCAGGCGACUCCUGUGUGUGCGAGCACUCUAUGACUACCAAGCAGAGGAUGACAGUGAGCUUUCCUUUGAGCCUGGUGACAUCAUCAGUGACGUGGAAACCGUGGACAAAGCCUGGUGGCGGGGCUUCAGCAAAGAUGGCCGCCAAGGUCUCUUCCCUGCCAACUAUGUAGAGACCAUCUAAGGACUUUUGCUUUUUACCAGAGACAGUCUUCCUCAUGCCCUUAGAUUCAGUACCAACCCUCAGGGACAGGGAAACUUUGACCAGUAGAGGGAGCCAAAGGGUGCUCCUGAUCUGCUGGAUAAACCUUAGUGGAGGUACUAAGAGAACAAGGGAACAAAAGACACAUCAAAAGGAUCCAGGAAUAAGGCAGAUGUCCAAGAUCAGAGCUUGGCCAAGGUUGGGUGAGGAUUAUGAGGAAUUUACCUAUUCACGCUCCGCCCACAAAUGCGUUGUUUUGUUGUAACUUUUGUGAGGUUGGAAAAGCUUUACAGAACAUUGGCUAAAAUCCCACCUAACCUAAUGAGGCACUGUUGCACACAAGCCAAAAUAUGGAAAAGUGAGUGCACUAUUAAUUUCAAAUUCUUUUUGUUUUGUAUGCAUGUUUAAGGUCAGAUUGUUGGAUCGGAUGUAGACUUUUUGUCGGCAAAUCAAGGUAAUGUUAGCAUGUUGGCAAAUUGGUCUGGUUUACAUUUGCCACAACAUAGUCCAGCUCAGUAGCGCGGCAUUCUAAGCUGGAAAGUCAGUGCUAUCCUGCAAAUCAGAACUUAAUUUGGUUCAGUGGGAUUUUUACCAGCAUUCUGCAAAGCAGUGGUCCCCAGCCUUGGUCCUGGAGAUCUUUCCUGCAAAGUUUAUGUCCAACCAUAAUCUGCCACACCUGCUACAGAUAACUAACUUCUAAAUAAGUCCCUGAUUGGCUGGAUCAGAUGCAUUGCUGUUAGGUAAGGGGGUGUGGCCAGCAUGAUAGAUGCAGAUUGGAACUAAACUCUGCGGGACAUUAGCUUUCCAUAAGUUGGUGACCACUGCUGUAAAGCUUGUCCAGUCUCAUAAGAAUAUGCUGCGUUUAUUUGUUUAUAAGUGGGAGCUUGGAAUCUUCCAACUCAAAAUCAGAAUUUUCAUGCAGCUUCAUGCAAGUCUGGAAAGAAAUGGACGAUCACAGUAAUGUAUCACCUGCUUGGCUGCUACUUGCGCAAAAAAUCUUAUUUUAAAAGCAUUUACAUUUGAAUUAAAGCGCUGUUUGGUAAGCGCUUUAUUCGUUUUAAAAGUGGAUGUAGGCUAUGGCAGUUUACUAUUACAAUAGUGCUGAAAAAUGACACAAAAGGGUGAGCGUCUUAACCUUACACUUAUCCAAGAAUCCCUGUUUAUCAAUAUUAUACAUAAAUAGUACAUCAUAUACAGAGAGAAACACAAAAGACUGUUUAAAAAAUGUAGCUUACAGAUAAACAACUUGGAGAAGUCGAAGCUCUUGAGAAACUCUGACUUUCCAAGCGGGAAUUACGAGUUAGAGGUCAGAAAAUUCCCAGUUCCCACUUGGUCAUGAAUGCAGCAGUAGUUACGAAAGAAUGCAUUUGUGGGCGGAGCAUAGCGAGGUCAAUUGCGAGUCAGGUUGCUUGAAGCUAACCUGAAUGAUCUACAGAUGAUUCUUCUUCAGAUUUUUCUUUACUUAUGAUUUUGCUCUGCAGAAUGUUUGACUGUUGGUUAUGUUUCUAACAUGUAAUCUAAGUCAAUCAUGUCCUUUUAAUUAAUUUGAUACUGACUGAUGUAUGACUUUGCAAUGUUAAUGUUAGAUACAGUAACUAUAGGCCUACAUUAGAACUGCAUUUAGAGCAUGUAUGAAUUCCAUUAUUUCAUGUUUGUUAUAGGGAUGUUCCCUAUAUUUACUUACAAAGGUUCUAUGGUGCUGCUGAGCAGAUUUUGAUCUUUUUUUAUAUAAAUAUAUAUGUUCUGUGUUAUAAUUGUUACAGUGAUGAUAUCCUUUUUUUCUAACCUACAGCUUUUUAAGACAAAAUAAGAUGCUAUAAUUGUUCAUGUAUUAUAUUUUUGGAGGAAAUGGACUUGGGAUCAGUGCCCUCAAGAGUGAAAUAUUCACAUCAUUCAAUACAGGCUUGCUGAAGUUUUGCAACAUCAUACCAAAUAUAUACAACUGGCGUGCGUAAUCCACAAAGAGCUACAGUUGCCGUGAGACUAUCUAUUCAAUAACUUUUAUAGCAUGAAUUUCAGUAGCUCAGCCUAUUUUCAGACUAACUUCUUGAUGGUUGUUUUUUCUUUGUGAUAUAAAAUACUUCUACAUAGAGGUUCAAGAGCAAAUUUCAACUCUUAAUGUCUUAACUCUGGUAGCUUAUUGUUCAAGCCUGUACAGCCAGUUUUUUACUUCAUUAUUUUCUAUCACAUAUGUUUCCACACUUUUCUCUGAUCCAGCACACUUUCAUGUUAAAGGUAUUAGGUAAUUGAGAUAUUCGGUGAUGAGUAUUGUUAUUCAUGCAGCAUGAAUCCUUUUUAAUCCAUGCACAUUAACUUUUGGGCACUCAUAUUAUGGAGCACCAGAUGCACACUUUUCAUAUCGUUUGUUUAUCUGGAAUAUCAUGACUGUCAUAUCCAAAAAACAUGUAUUUUGUUGCAUGAAAUUAAAAAAUUUGAAACGAAAA